AUGGUUCAGAGAUAUGAAAAAUAUAUGCGGCCUCCAUCUAAUCUUUUAUUCAGCAAGAUAGACUAUUUUGACUGUGUGAACAAGGUCAAAUCUUUGAAAGAUCUACCAAGAUUUCCAAAUUUACAGCAAAUUUAUCUAGAACUUAUGUAUGGUCUGGAUAAGAAGAGAAAAUACGAGGGAAAUGGCCCCAUUGGUGACUCCAAGAACCCCAGAAUCGUUAGAUCGGAAGCAGAAACACAAGUUGGUGUCUCACAGGCUUCAGACGACGACGAUGAAUUCCAAUUGUUCCCAGGGAUCAAGUCUCAGCUACCAAAAGUGAGUCCCGAAAAGUUGGUAUCAUCAGCGGACAAACAACUCGAAGAAGUUCAAAGCAAGAAGGAUGAGCUUGAUGAUCCAGAGAUCGAAGAUGACGAGGAAGGCAGGUUUGUGAAAACCGCCUCGUCUAUUCCAAUUCCGGGCACAUCGAUAGUGCUAGAGACUGAAGAAGAUAUUGCAAAAUGGAUAGCAGAAAGAAGGAAAAAUUGGCCCACCAAUAAGCGAACCCAAGAGAAGAUGAGUACGCAGACCCCAGUGACUGCGAAGAGGCAGGAAAGAGUGCCGAAGAUAUGUCGUUUUUUUGCACAGACGGGCAAGUGUAAGAAUGGCCAAAAUUGCAAAAUGUUACACGAGAGACGGGAAAAUGCAUCCAAUCAUUCAAGCACCAUUAGGCCCUUGAAAAACUACAAGCUGGGAGACGUCAAUGGCAUCACCAUUCAGAUCCCCCUAAGAUACGCUCCCUCAGCAAAUACAGGCAAGUCAUUGCACAAUCUAUUGGCAGAAAAUGAGAUUCUACGAGACCAGAAUGGUACUGUUUUGAAGGUCAUAGAGAAGUUGGUGAACUCCGGGGUGGUCACGAAGGACUGGGAAAGCCUCACUAAGAACCUGAGGCUCAAAGAGAAGAGGUAG